CGAGCGGCUCCAGCGCGGGGAGCCGGGCUCAGCCCCGGCCUGCGGACGCCGCCCGCGGCCCCGGAGCACCGAGCCGGCCUGGGGGGCCCGCGGGGCGCGCGCAGCGCCGAGUGCGCCUGGGGCCGGGCCGCGCAGCCCGGUGCAGGAGCGCGCGCGCGUCGCGGCAUGGAGCCGGCCCGGGAGCCCCCCGCGCGCGCCCGCCCGCCGCCCCCCGCCGCCCGCCCCGCGCCCGCUGCGCCCAGGCCGCGCUCUCCGGCCGAGGCCGAAGCCCGCGGCCCAGAGGGGCUGCUCCGGCGAUCGGGGUCAGGCUACGAGGGCAGCACCAGCUGGAAGGCGGCCUUGGAGGAUACUACCACGCGUCUGCUGCUGGGGGCCAUUGCGGUCCUUCUGUUUGCCAUCCUGGUGGUCAUGAGCAUCCUGGGUGAGUGUGCAUGUCAGAGUGUGUCAGCAAUGUGGCUUCUGCACCCUUGGUCCCAGUAUGCGCAGCUAGCAUCCAAGGGCUGCAUCAAGUGUGAGACGCCCUGCCCGGAGGACUGGCUGCUCUAUGGCAGGAAAUGCUACUACUUCUCGGAGGAGCCUAGAGACUGGAACACCGGAAGGCAGUACUGCCAUACCCACGAGGCGGCGCUGGCUGUGAUCCAAAGCCAGAAAGAACUGGAAUUUCUGUUCAAGUUCACAAGGAGGGAGCCGUGGAUUGGCCUGCGCAGAGUCGGGGACGACUUCCACUGGGUCAACGGGGACCCGUUUGACCCAGACACAUUCGCCAUCUCAGGAAUGGGGGAGUGCGUCUUCGUGGAGCCCACCAGGCUGGUGUCAACGGAGUGUCUGACGACCCGUCCCUGGGUGUGCAGCAAGAUGGCCUACACGUGAUGUGGCGCAGGCCGAGGCGGCCCCUCUGCCCAGGCCCAAGGGCAGUGCCUGUUCUAAACCUGCUUCCAACAGGAGCCGCCACCCUCUCUGAAUGGAAGUAGUGGGGACAGUGGCCUCUGUCCCGACUCAGGCUCCAGAGCUCCGAGGCCCUGGCUCCUGGUCUCUCUUGUCCCCAGGCAGGUCCUGUGGCUUAGCAGUUAUAUCUCAUAUGCUAAGUAGUGUAGACAUCUUGCCCCAUACACACACAAGCACACACGUGUACACGCAUGUACACACAUGCAUACAAAACACACGCAAGCUCUUCUUAACAGGUCACCCUUCCUUGGCUCUGCCUGGAACCUUCCUUAGCCCUGGUGCUUUGGGGCAGAUAGGGGCUGACAUGGGUUGUAUGACUUUGGCCUAGACACCUGCCCUCCCCGGUGGCUUCUCUCAGGUUGCUGGGCGAGACGGGCAGGCACAGCUUUCUCCACACCUCGGGGAGAAGAGCCCAUGGCUGAACGCCCAUCUAUCUGUCCUCCCUGCCUUCCCAGGGUCCUCAGGCAGGACCCCUGCUGUGCUGUGGUGCUGUUGUAUUGGUCACUAAUGGAAUAAAGACAUGACUGCACCUAUGAA